AUGAAGCCUUCUCAGGCGUCGGUGUCACUUGGACUCGUAUAUCCCAUGCCUACAUAUCCCACCGAGUCGCUUUCUCUCAAUGGAUCUGCAGCCCAGGAACGUCAAGCUAAAGUAUACGGGCUAACAGUGUGCCUACGUUUCUUGCAGAUGCCCUCGACCCAAGACCCGAGCUCGCAAACACCCGUCACUGCACGUCCAGCAUACUAUGAUCCCAUCGUCGGUCGAGUGAACCUUGAUCUACUCACUGGGUGUCAAGUCACAAAGCUCUCACUGCAGGGCAAGUCAGUCACGGGUGUUGAGGUACGGAGGGUGAAGGAUAGUGACGACGAAUCUAUCUACAUCCACGCCAAGAAGGAGACCAUCCUCGCGGCAGGGACUCUCAACACCCCAAACAUUCUCCAAAAGUCUGGGAUUGGUCCAAAGGACCUCGAGGAUGCAGGCGUGCAGGUCCUGCACGGACUUCCAGGAGUGGGCACUAACCUACAGGAAGCGCCAGGCGCGCUCUUGCGCUUCAAUCUUGCCGCGGAUGUCGAAUCGUCGCUAGAUAUGCUUUUACAAGUGGCUCAUGGUGGAGCCACUUUACCAGACAAUGCCUAUGAGCAUCAGGUUGCUGCACAGUAUCUCCAGACUCGGACUGGACCUCUCGCUAAGGCUCGGCCUCAGAGUGUGGCAUAUCUGAGUCUUGCAGCCACUGCACCAGACAGCAAAGACGACAUUGUAUCUCGCAUCCGUACGCAAGAUGGUGGGGAAUAUCUGCCUGCUUCAUAUGGGCCGGAAGCCAGGCGGGGCUACGAAAUGCAGUACACAAUCCUGCAGGCCCGUCUGAACAGAUCUGAUAGCUCCAUGUUCGAGCUGCCGUUUGACGGUGGGGAACUUAUCGCCGCAAUCCUUCAGAAACCGCUGUCUCGUGGGGCCGUGCUGCUUGAUCCGGCAGAUCCUAUGGGCCUGCCCAAAGUAGAUCUCAACUCCUUCUCCAAUCCCAUUGACAGCCUCAUGCUAGGUGUCAUGGUGAACUUUACCCGCAAGAUUUAUCAGACAAAUGCAAUGGCCCCGCUGCAGCCGCUUGAAACCAUUCCUGGCCCUGAGUUCCACACCGCCGAAGGUAUCAUGCAGCAGCUGAUCAAGACUGGUGGGGCGUUCGCCUCGAUUGCGAGACCGUCGGGGACCUGCCCCAUGAUGCCACUUGAGCUUGGAGGCGUGGUUGAUCCCUACUUACGGAUUCAUGGUCUUGAGCAGGUGUCGAUUGUAGACGCGAGUAUCAUCCCGAUGGCGCCUGCGAGCCGGCUGGGAUCUGCAGUCUAUGCAAUCGCAGAGAGAGCCUCUGACAUUUUGAAUGAAAGAAACAAGCUUAAUUGGAGGACGAGCGUCACUGUAGUACAAUCAGUCUGUCCUUCCCCAUCACGUUUGACCUUGGAGCAGACGACGAUGCCAUCAACACUGCUUGGGCGACUCACACCGUGCUGA